AUGAUACAAAACCAAUCUUAUUGCUUUCUUGGUAUUCUUACCGUCUAUUUUUUCUAUUGUUUUCUUGGUAUUACUACAUUUUCUUCUUUCACACUGUCCUUGUUCCGCCACGACCAAAGAGAUGUUCUCUUGGAGGUACAAAAAGAGUUCGGUAUACCAACAACUUCAUGGAACAAGAGCGUUCACUGCUGCUCUUGGCGUGGUGUCACUUGUGAUGAUAUUUUGGGAGAUGUGAUAUCAUUAUCUCUCUAUUACUCGGAUGUUACUGUCAACACCUCUUUGAAAACUAGCAGUGGUGUAUUUAAACUCCAACAUCUUCGUAGCCUAGGUAUUUCAUCUUCCAAUCUUCAAGGGAAGAUCUCUUCUUCCAUUGGAAAUCUUUCCCAUCUCACAUCUCUUGAUCUUUCUCGUAACCAAUUAGUAGGUGAAGUUCCUUCUUCCAUUAUAAAUCUUUCUCAUCUCACAUAUCUUGAUCUUUCUGGAAAUGAGUUAGUAGGUGAAGUUCUAUCUUCCAUUGGAAAUCUUUCUCAUCUCACAUAUCUUAAUCUUUCUGGAAGUAAGUUAGUAGGUGAAGUUCCAGCUUCAAUUGGUAACCUAAACCAACUAAGAUACAUGGAUCUUUCGUGUAAUUAUAUAAGAGGUACUAUUCCUACUUCAUUUGCUAACUUAACCAAGCUUUUUAUAUUGCACCUCUAUGAAAAUGAAUUCACUGGUGGGGAUAUAGAAGUUGUAUUAGCCAAUUUAACCGGCUUGACCUACAUAGACCUCAACUCAAAUCACUUCAAAUCCUCGUUUCCCUCAUUCUUGCUCAAGAUUUCUUCGUUAGUAGAGAUUGCUUUAGAUGAAAACCAAUUCGAGGGAAAUCUUGAUUUCGGGAAUACCUCUUCAUCAUCUAAGCUUGAAGUUUUAACUAUUAGCGACAACAAUUUUGAUGGGGUAGUUCCAGAAUCUAUAUGGAAACUACACAAUCUCAAUACUUUAGAUCUUAGCCAUAACAAUUUCAAUGGUACAGUCCCUAGUUUAAUAUCCAAAUUAAAUCUCAUUUCCAUUGAUCUUUCCUACAAUAAAUUUGAAGGUCAAGUACCUCCUCUGUAA